AUGGCAGAAAGGACUGUGAUGACCCUCAACAUGGGUUUCCCCAGUAGGCCGAGAAGGAACUGGCUACCGUGCCUGUAUCUGCUGCUGUGGCUUGUGAAACCAGAGCCAAUCGACCACGUCUCCAAGACACUAGAAACCAACAGCAGUAGUUCUGCCACUAUGUGUCGCUGGAACCCUCCCGGUCCUCUGCGUCCACGGAUGAGCGCAUCAUGCCCUCCCGCAGUGAACACCACCACCACAACCGCCCCCAUGACCAGGCGACCGUCGACGCCCUGGACGCAGACACCAUACUGCGUCGCCAGCGUCGACAAAGACAACGCAACGUCCCAACGAUACUGCACCUUCACCUCGGCGACGUUCCGGGCCGGCCGCGGGCUCAGCUUCGUCGGCACGCCCGAUGCGGCAGCUGCACUGGCCGACGCGCUGCUAUCGGAGCCGUGGCAUUCACCCUUUCCCUCUCACGUCGAUGUCCUCGCAGAUACCAACAGGAGCAGUACGUACGCCGUCGUCCCCAUGCCCGGCAAGGGGCUUGGCGUGGUGGCGACGAGGCACAUCCCGGCCGGCGAGAUCCUGAUGGCUGAUUACCCGUUGCUGAUCGCCGACGUUGCGGCGGGGCAUGGGGAGCUGCUGCGCCUUGCUGUGGAGAGGCUUCCGCUGCCUGAGAUGUUCUUUGAUCUGGCCCGGAGUCAUGGUGGAGGGGACGCUGUUGAGGAUGUGCUCAACACUAAUACGUUUGCGGUCGGGGUUGGGGAUGGGGAUUAUAUGGGUUUGUAUCCGGAGAUUGCGAGGAUAAAUCAUGCUUGCAGCCCCAACAGCUUCUCCCGCUUUCACCCGUCCGACUUGACCAUGGACGUCGGUGCCAUGCGGGACAUCAUGUCGGGGGAAGAGAUCACGAUAAGCUACAUACCCCUAGGCCUCCCAUCAUCUCACCGCGCCGGGCAGAUCCGCGCCUGGGGCUUCGCCUGCACAUGCGCCUUGUGCUCGACGCCCGCGGAGAACGACCUCUCGGACCGGUACCGCGAGCGGCUGGGCGGCCUGCGCGGGCGGCUGAUGCACGCCCACAAAGAGCUGACCGCGGAAGAGGUCCACGCCAUCGCCGAGGAGAUGAUGGAGAUCGUCGAGGUCGAGCGCAUCUCCCCUCAGCUGGGCGGGUACUGUGAGACGGUGGCGCAGGUACUGCUGGCCAAGGGCGACGAGAAAGGCGCGCUGCGGUACCUGAGGUUGAGCCUCGACGCGUGGCUGCUCUACGGCGGUGAGGACCAUGCUCAUGUGCCGAAUAUCAGGAGUAACCUGAGGGACCUGGAGGAUAGGGUUCUGAGGUCGCGGGGUUUAAAGGUGCGAAAGGAAUGUAGUCAUAGCUAG